GACAUUUACACUGUUAUUGUGUAGGAAGGAACUGCAGAAACUGGUUUACAAAAAGCUGGAGUGACAGCGAGCAUUUCUGGGGAGAGGGAAUGGGUGACAUUUCGGGCAGAGACCUUUCGUCAGACCGGUUAGCAAUAAUGGAAACGAGAGAUAUAGUCGGUGAUAUAGAAAGGCCAUUGUUAGCUGUUUAGCUGUGUAACGAUAAGCUAGUGUGACAUGGGUGGGGAAGGGAUAGAGAGAGAGUGAAUGUCGGGGCUACCUGAACUGAGACAAACCAAUAUUCAUACCACCUGGCUGUAAGCUGCCCAAGCGAAAUAUGAGAUGCUGGUCCUCCAAUUCACGUUUAGCCUCACUCUGACAAUGGAGGAGACCGAAGACAUAAAGGUCGUAUGUGUAGCAACAGGGAAGUAGAAUUAAAGUGUCCAGCAACCAGGAGAUCAGGAAAACUACAUUGCACUGAAUCUUGCAUUAUUGAUCCUUGAAGAUAUUGUGGAAAAUGCUGCACCUGGUUUACAUCGUGUUGCUCUUAUCUGCUUCUUUCAAUACAGUUACUCCAGUGGUUGUUUCCUGGCCACUCUGGCUCACUGCCGCUGGAAUAUCAGCUGGAUCCGAUGUAGGUAUGAAUGGAGGAGCAACAGCGGCUGGUGGUGUUUUGUCAACUUUGAAGUCUGUCGUUGCUCCAAUGUUUACUGACGGGCCACUCGGGUUCACUGCCACUGGAAUAUCAGCUGGAUCCGAUGUAGGUAUGAAUGGAGGAGCAACAGCGGCUGGUGGUGUUUUGUCAACUUUGAAGUCUGUUGUUGCUCCAAUGUUUACUGCCGGGCCACUCGGGUUCACUGCCACUGGAAAAUCAGCUGGAUCCAAUGUAGCAAGUUUGAUAUCCAUGUUCGCUGGUAUGAAUGGAGGAGCAACAGCUGCUGGUGGUGUUGUGUCAACUUUGAAGUCUGUCGAUUGGUCGACAGUUGCCUGGGUUGCUGGAGGAGCAGUUGCUCCAGUGGUUGCUGCCUGGCCACCCUGGCUCACUGCCGCUGGAAUAUCAGCUGGAUCCGAUGCAGCACGUAUGAUGUCCAUGGUUGCUGGUAUGAAUGGAGGAGCGACAGCGGCUGGUAGUGUUGUGACAACUUUGCGCUGUGUUGAUUGGUCAAGAGUUGCCUGGGUUGCUGGAGGAGCAGUUAUUGUAGUGGUUGCUGCCCCGCAUGUUAUCGGGGCACUCGGGUUCACUGCCGCUGGAAUAUCAGCUGGAUCUCCAGCAGCAAGUAUGAUGUCCUUGUUUGCUGGUAUGAAUGGAGGAGCAACAGCGGCAGGUGGUGUUGUGGCAAUUUUGCAGUCUGCCGGAGCCGUUGGAUUAACUGCAAGUGCAAAGGUUGCCCUGGCGAGCGUGGGCGCUGGUCUUGGCUAUGCUGCCAAAAUAUAUAUCAUGGAGUCUUCAGAUGAACAUUGUGUUACAAAGUUGAAGGGGUGGCGUUUUGUGUAAGUUUAUCACUAAAUGCAAUUCCAAUGUGUUUUUGCAUGAUCCAUUCUGAGAAUAAAAUUAUCUGUUCUGGAUCAUCAUAUUGUUAAUUUGUUAAUUUCAAAGGAUGAACAAUAGUCUGUACCACAAUAAACAUUGCAAGGUUCCCUUUCUCAUCCAAUUGAUGCAAUAACAUUGACAGAGGUCGAAUGGAGACUUUUGAAAAUGUUGUUAACAUUCACGUUUUUCUUCAAUGCUACUGUUCAAGAGUGAUUCUAGAUGAAUGCAAAAUAAAAAAAAGUUAUAUCACAA